AUGCCUACUUCCCGGCGCAAAGAGCCUGACGACAACAAUGCAGAUGAAGACUCUUCCGACGCGACGGCGAGGACGUCGGCUCCUAAGCGGCAGCGCGUCGCCCUUGCCUGCGACUUCUGCCGCUCGGCCAAGGCGAAAUGUGAUGGUGACCGACCUGCGUGUGGUACCUGCACUUCUCAGAAACGAGCCUGUAGCUACUCGCACACCUCGCGCAAGCGUGGCGUUCGAUCUGGAUACUUGAGGUCUAUCGAGCUUUCCAUAUCCUGGCUCUUUGAGCAGUAUCCAGGGUCGGAAGCAGCCCUUCACCGCGCGCUUGUGCAGAAUGAGGGCGCCGAGGGUGUUCGAAUCCUCGCUUCAAACAGUUCCACCAGUUCUCGCCUUCGCCGACAGUGGAACAAAAGUCGUGUAUAUAAAGACAUUGGCAAGCUUCUUGCCCAGGAUACAACGCAGAUCACAAGCACAUCAGACGAUGAAUUUGAGAUACAGACAGUUGCAGCGAGCUCAGUGGAUGCGAUGCCCGAUGAUCCGGAACCUCCGCCUCAAGAAGACUGCCCCCAUCCGAUACAACCAACACUACCAUCUCCCAUUUCCCAGUGCGGCCUCAAUCCACGACCCGAAAAUAAACUAACUCUGCCGUUGAACUGGCAACACCUCGUCGAUGUUUAUUUCUCAUACACAUCACCUUGGCUGCCCAUUGUGGAUCGAGAUUCGAUCAACAGCACCGCGUUAUUGUAUGCACCAACUGGUUUUAUCAUAUCGGGUGACUCCCCCAAUGCUUUGCACUCUCAGUUGUGGUCCGUCUUGGCUGUUGCGUCAAUACAGGAUGCAGCUGCCUCGUCUUUACAGGAAAACCCCCGCAUGGCCCCUGCUGACAUAUGCCAUAUUGCUUGGAAUCUUUUUGAUGCAACACGAAGGAGCUGCGAGGCCCCAUAUAUAACUGCAAUCCUGGUCCAAUCUCUGAUUUUGCUCGGUCAGAGAAAACCCAAAGAGGCGUGGUGUUUGAUUGGGAAAGCGACUCGGCUUGCCAUUGAUGGCUCAAAUACAGCUGAUCCUGGUCCUAGUCCUCACAAGACACAAAUGAAUAGGCUUUUAGCCGCCUCAUUUAUUUUAGACACGUUGACCUCUGCUCUCCUGGGUCACCCCGAAGCGGUCGGCUAUGGCUAUCUUACUUUGCCACCUGAGACGUUCACAAGUACUACGGAAGUCGAUGCAGCCUGGUUUCGACCACUUAGGCACCUACACGCUCUCCCUGGAACAACCAAUACCUCCGGCCGCGUUUCCCCACCUCCUAUCCCUCUGUUUCAGCAGCUCUUUGUCUUUUGUCAACAAUGGAUUACGAAGAUGCGAUCCGGUCUGCGCCACGGCCCUCUAGAGCCGAAUAUCACGCCUGGAGGACUUCUACAAAGCUUGGAUCCUCAGUAUUCAUUCUGUAAUUCUCUGGUGCCCGAAAGUGGCAUUACGCUUGUUCCCUCGACAUGCUUGCUUCAAUGUAUAUUCUUGACCAUCACCCUGGAUCUUUCCUCUCGCCCUCGGUCGACUCUGAUACUCAGUUUGUUGGAGUUACUUGAACUAGGUGUUGAGCAGUUAGGCGCCUUUGGAUUGCCUCCUCUCAUCGUUACGCUCAUGGGGAUAGCAGAAAAGAGAGGAUUUGAGAAACGUCUUCCUGAUGAAGACAAAGACAGGUGGAAAAGCUUAGCCAGCUCUCUAUACCAUGUCUGGACAACGACUCCGACAGAAGCGGCUGCUUCCACCGUGAACACCAAUAUCCAUAUUCAUGAAGCAAACUCUAGCAUAGCUGAUGCUGGCACCGCAUAUCCGCAGCCAGUCAUAGAAAUGCCUAGCAUCGCGUCUCAUGCUUCUACUGUUUUCCUUGAGCCGGGCAUUCAGAGAGGUUCCGCUCAAGGAAGGCAAUUCCUACCAUCGUCGAAUUUGAGGUUCACGACCAACUAUCCCCCAACCCUCGUGUCACCACAACAGUCGAGUAAAACUACACUAAAUGAUAUCCCCCAACAUAACCAUGCAUUGCAUUCUCUGCCACAAUCUAUCACACAAGACAUUCUACAAUCCCAAAAUGUAGAGGAUAGUGCAAUUCUGGAAGAGCUAGGCUCGAUCGAUUAUGCAGAUACAGCCAGCGCGGACUCCCAGUUCAUGACUAAUCUGGGGUAUGAUCCCGGAUACGAUUUGGCAGAACUGUUCGUGAGCGAAUACAACAUGGGCUCAUCAUGA